AUGCUACCCUGGAGAAGAAGUAAGUUUGUUCUCGUGGAGGAUGAGGCCAAGACAAAGCCUAAGAGCCUUGGAGUGGGGCUGACCUACCAGUCCAUCCUCUCCUCCCUGGUGCGCUCCUGUCCCGACCUGCUCCCUGACUCCACUCCCUUUGACUGGCUGGGCUCCGUUUUCCAGAGCAAGAGGCAGACGGUGGAGCUCAAUAAAGAGGAGCACACCUACAACGUUCGUUACCUGGGAAGCAUCGUCACCAUCACAGCUAAAGGGGGAGGCUGCACACAGGACCCUGUGGCUAAGAUCUGGCAAAGGAGUAACUACGGAGAGCAGAGCGUCAAGAUGAUGUUAACAGUGGGUCUUCAGGGCAUCCGGAUGGGCACAGACAAGACAGGCAAGAAGAAGCCCACCCACCUAUACUCUCUGAACCGGAUCACCUGCUGCACAGCUGACCCCUGCCGGCCCAAGAUCCUAGCCUGGAUCUACAGACAUCAGGUCAAGAACAAGGCGGUGGUUCUCCGGUGCCAUGCCGUUCUGGUCAGCAAGUCAGAGAAGGCCAGGGCCAUCGCACAUAGUCUCUACCAGACGUCCACCUCAGCCUUCAGUGAGUUCAAGCGGCUGAAGAGGCAGAGUGAUUUCAGGCACUGCCAACAGCAGCUGCUGGGGGAGGACAUGGUGCCGCUGAUGCCUCUGAGGAAGCUGCUCAAUGGGCAGUGCCACUACCGGCCACCUGCCGACAGCCCUGGAGGCCCCAGCACCACCCGUCUCUGCUCCAUCGCAGAGGAGGAAGAAGAGGACGAAGAGGUGGAGGAUGAGAAGGUGGAGGAAGAAGGGUAUGAGGGAGAUGAAGAAGCUCUAAAGGACACUGACCUAACUCAGUCAUAUGGGUCAUGUGAGAUGAGCCUAGGGGACAUAGUUAAUGGACUGGAUGAGUGCUAUAUCAACAUCAACAUAAGCAUCAGCGACAGCAACAACAACACAUUGACAUUUGUCAGUUCUCUAGUGUGA